CCAAACACAUACCGUUGAACAUCAGUAUAAUUACUAUAUAAUGAUUUCAUUAAAUGGAAAUUAAAACAAAUAUAAAAAUGGAAGCAACUUACAAGAGACAACAUCAGGGAUCUCAUAUGCUCCAAAAUGAUCGCCAAUCUUUAUCUGGUUCUUGUUCACCGCUUCAGUUCGUCUAUAAAAUGGUGGCCUUCAUCUAAUUAGCCACAUGCCGGAAGAAAAUGGAUCCCGAUUCUACAAAACUUGCCGGAUUUGAGAUUGAAAAAUCUCUGGUACCCAACAAGAACCGGCGUGUUAUUAGCCAAAGACUUACGAGAGUGUUCUCCGAGGACUACAGAAAAGUCAAAGGUCGUGUUUUCGAUCCUCGGGGAGAGCGUGUAAGGCAAUGGAACAAGUAUUUCUUAGUUGCAUCCCUUAUUUCCAUUGCCAUAGACCCUCUUUUCUUUUACUUGCCUUUAGUGAACCAGGAGGAGAUGUGCAUGGGUGAAGAUACUUCCUUAAAGAUCACUCUAACCGUCAUUCGAUCCAUUGUCGACGUUUUCUACAUCAUUCAGAUUUAUGUUCGUUUCCGCACAGCUUACGAUGUUCCUUCCACUCGCUUGCUCGGAAGAGGAGAGCUGGUUCUAGACCCUUUUAAGAUCUCUCAAAGGUAUCUCAAGAGAGACUUCUCUCUUGAUUUGCUUGCCUCUCUUCCUAUUCCACAGGUAUUGACAUGGCUUCCGAUUUUUGAUAAAUCGGAAAUGCUGAGUACGAAGAUCAGCAUACUGUACUUCAUCAUGUUUCAGUUCUUCUUGAGGCUCUAUCUUAUAUUCAAACUUACAUCUCAUUUAACACAAGUAGUUGGGGUGGUGGCUGAAUCCACAUUGGCUGGGGCUGCUUAUAAUAUAGUCCUCUUUCUGUUGGCAGCUCAUGUUUUCGGAGCCUGCUAUUAUCUUCUAUCAAUCGAGAGGCAAGGACUGUGUUGGAAAGAGGUAUGCGACAGUGAAGAACCAGGGUGCGGUGAGAAGUUUUUCAAUUGUCGUUAUCUCGAUGAUCCUGGCCGUGCAUCGUGGUAUCAAACGAGUAAUAUCACCGAUGCAUGUGGACCGGAGACAGAAUCCUACGAAUACGGGAUGAUCUUUGAUGCUGUAGAUUAUGGAGUUGCAUCCUUGGAUUUCUUCACAAAAUACUCGUAUUGUCUUUGGUGGGGUCUUAGGGCAAUAGGCUCCAGAGCUGAGGAACUUCAAGCAAGUACAUUUCUUGCAGAAACACACUUUUGCAUAGUCAUAUCGCUCACAGGAUUGUUGCUCCUUGCUAUGGUUAUUGGCACCAUGGAGACGUAUCUUGAAUCAAGAUCCCAGAGAUUAGAAGAGUAUAGGAUCCAGCAAAUGGAUACAGAAGGAUGGAUGAACCACCGGCAACUUCCGGAAGCGAUGAGGGAGCGUGUGCGCAAACACGACCUUUACAAAUGGAUCAAACAAGGGAAGGUUGAAGAAAAAGCCAUUCUGGAUGCCCUUCCUAUGGAUAUCCACAGAGAUAUCAAACAUCACAUCUGCAUUGAACUAGUUAGACGUGUUCCACUCUUUGAUCAAAUGGACGAACGCACAAUUGAUGCAAUAUGCGAACGACUAAGACCUGUGAUAUGCACACCCGGAACUUGCUUAUUGCGUGAGGGCGACCCAACCAAUGAAAUGCUAUUCAUAAUGCAUGGACAUCUAGAUUCCUACACGACGGAUGGAGGACGGGCUGGUUUCUGGAAUCAGUGCGAGAUUGGUCCGGGAGACUUUUGUGGGGAGGAGCUGUUGACGUGGGCACUGGACCCACGUUCAACGGACACCCUCCCAUUGUCCACGAGGACAGUGACAGCAGUUAUGGAGGUGGAAGCAUUUGGUCUUCCAUCUGAGGACUUGAAGUUUGUGGCCACACGGUUUCAGAAGCUGCAUAACAAGAAGCUGAGACACACAUUCAGGGUUCAUUCGCACCAGUGGAGGACCUGGGCUGCUUGCUUUAUACAAUCGGCAUGGAAACGAUACAAAAGGCGAAAGUUAAUUGGAAUGUUGAAGGCGAAAGAGAGUUAUAACCGUGAGAAUGUUAGCGAACAAAGCAAGAAUAAAGCGAGGAUUAGGGAGACAGGCAUCUCGUUGGGUACAAAUGUUAGAAGAUGCGAGAUAUUGGAUUUUGAUGAUUCUAUUCGUACCCCAGUACCCAAGCCAAAUGAUCCUGAAUAUUUUGAUUCAGAAUGAUUUGUGAAAUGGGUUCUGAGAAAUUUGAAACGAGAUAAUCGUAUCAUGAUUUCUAGGGUUUUGUAUCAGAAUUAAAUCAAUCGUCUUUGUUCAUAAAACAUGUUUGAACCCCCCAUCUUUCGAAUUCCAGUUCCAUUUUUGCUCAAA